AUGGCGACAAAUCAUAGCUCCGAUGACGAAAGCACGCGCCUUUACCAUCCUUACCAGAGCUACGAGCUCCCCAUCAAAGCCCAGCACCUUUACAAGCUCCCCACUUCCCCCGAGUACCUCUUCACGGAAGAGUCCCUCAAAAAGCGUCGAUCUUGGGGAGAGAAUCUCACUUUCUACGCAGGAACCUGUUACCUCGGCGGGUCCGUAGCCGGAGCUGCAGCUGGAGUUAUCUCCGGUGUCAAGAGCUUCGAGUACGGAGACACGACUAAGCUGAAGAUCAACAGGAUUCUGAACUCGUCUGGUCACACGGGUCGCUCGUUGGGUUGCAGGAUCGGGGCGGCUGGGCUGAUCUACGCGGGGAUUGAGAGUGGCGUCGUGGCGUAUACGGAUAGGGAUGAUGUGUGGACUAGCGUGGUGGCGGGUUUGGGAACUGGGGCGGUGUUUAGGGCGGCGCGAGGGGUGAGGUCUGCGGCUGUGGCUGGUGCUCUUGGAGGAAUGGUGGCUGGUGGGGUUGUGGCGGGGAAGCAAGUUUUGAAGCGGUAUGCUCACAUUUGAAGAAGAAGGAGUGGUCUUUAGGAGCAGACAGGCGUUUGGGGAUCAUAAAGAUCGUAGCUUUGUCGGUUUCUAGAGUAGUAUUCUGGAUUUCAUGUAGCAUACCUAAAUGGCCUGUGAACCUUUUUAGUUAUAUUUAAUGAUAAGUUUUACCGUUUGGUAUCUUCUA